UAGUUCUCCAGUGGCGAAGGCUUGCUCAUGAAUAUUAAUCGACAACCCGUCACCGUCGUUGGAUUCGUAGCGGCAGCGGCAUAAUGGUUUCUGUUUCCGCAUUCAAACACACACACAGAACAACAUGGCUGCAGUAGGCAGCUUAGUAAACAGUUUGGCUUGUCUUUGGAGACAGCCAUGUACCCGCGCUUAUUUACCGCAUUUGUUAUUUUAUAUUUCGUUUGUAGGAUCGGUUUUGAAAACGUCGGGCCUUGUGCAGGAGAGCUACUUCAGUAACAGCAGAAAUAUUUUAAAUCUAUAUUUUGUGAAAGUUUCAUGGGCAUGGACCAUUGCUUUACUUCUGCCUUUCAUCCGUUACUCCAACAUUUACAACAGAAACCACACAUUUGUGUUGAGGCGGCUGACUUCACUACUGGUGGCGACAUUCAUUUGGCACACCUGCACUGAGACUUUUUCCUACAUUGAAGACAUUACCGGUUCAUGCUAUGAGUCAGACACCAUGCAAGUCAUCCACGGUGACAUUACCACAAAGGCGGCGUGCAAGAAGGCCGGAUUCAUCUGGGAUGGUUUUGACAUAUCAGGACACUCCUUCAUCUUGGCUUACUCUAGUCUUGUGAUUGUGGAGGAAAUGGUGCCCAUGUUAAACAUACCGCGAAGUGACAGAAAUGUUCUUCUUGAUUACAUUUAUAUAGCACUCAAUGCUAUUGUGGCCAUCUGGAUAUGGAUGUUCGGAUGCACUUCUGUGUAUUUCCAUGAUAUUAUUGACAAGACUAUAGGGACGUUGUGUGGGAUAUUGGGAUGGUACGUGACUUAUGGUGUUUGGUACCCGAUGUCCUUUUCUCCAGGUCUCCCUCCACAGCAGAAACAACAUGCUUAGUGUGGGAAAUAAAUGCUACAAGUGCACUACAGGAAGCUUGACAUAUCUGUACUGUUUAUGUUUUGUGAGAUCCAUGACAGGUUAGCCUUCCAGGUGUGGCGGUAGGCAGCUGGUGUUCCUAAAAUGUCGACCUGUAGUCUGAGAGGUCACAUCUGAACCUUAUUGUUGCAUUCAAAUGUUUUGUGGCUUCAUACAGAGCUGGAAUAGGAAGCCUGACAAUAAAUCUAUCUUAUAUGGCAGUCUGCUGCUGCUUUCUGUAAUCAACAUGCAACCUUCAGCUGAGCUGCCUUUUAACAGUAAAUAUAUAAAGUUUUUCCCCCUUGACACUAAUAUUUUGAAUAUUUAUAAUUGGGCUAUUUAUUUUUUUAAAACAAAAACGAGAUCUGAUAAAUUGGAGGUCAGAGAAUUAUAGUGCAAUGCAUUCGUGUAAGUUUUAUAUUUGCAGUGUGUUUUAAUAGUGCUAUUUUAUGUGUUCUGUCUAAAGGCCAACCUGUUGUUCAUUCAUAUGUGCCAUUGUUAGAUUAGUCGUUUGCAGUUGUUGUCAUUCCUCAUGUCACUGAUCAGUUUAGCGCAGGAAACGGACACCACCUGUUCUUAGAAACUCAAAAGGAUCUAAAACAUACUGUUUGUAAUAUUAUAAGACUGUCUGGGGACUGGAUUGAUGUUUGAGUGAACAUUUGGCUGCGGUUAUAAGUAUUUCUUACAGGUUCGAGGAACAAUGCAAAUUAGAUGUAAAUUAAUUCUAAAAUACAAACGAUGGGACAUGCUGGUUAUGGAGGGCACAUCCAUUAGUCAUUUCAUGUGUGUCAAUUAAACAUGAUUUUGAACAAUUAUCAUUGCAAUUAUGCUUGUUGUCAUACAUCAGUAUUCCAAAGAAAGCAAGCCGCAACAUGUUAUUAUGUUGAGUUAUUGUACUGUGUCCGUUUUACCUGAUGUGAUGACAGAGUUCUUACUAGUAUAACACAUCACUGAGGUGUGUUUUUAUUUAAUUCAUUAUGGUGUUUAAAAGAAUAAAUAGCUUUGAAUUGAGGACCUCUAGUAGAUGUUUUGAUUUAGUUGUCUCAAGGUUAGACUCUGUAAACCAAAUUAAAAGGAAUAGUUCACCCAAAAAUGACAAUUUACUCACUUGCAGG